ACGUUUGUCAACAAUAAUCAUACAAACGAAAGUUGUUAACAAUUUUAUUGCUGUGUUUAGCUAAUCAUCAAACGAUGUUCAAAAACUCGUACCAAAAUGGUUUGCUGUCCAUAUUUUACAGUUGUGGAGCCAACCCUUUGGCGAUAUGGGACAUGGAAGUUAAGAACGGACAUAUAAAACGACUCACUGACAAUGAAGUGAAUUCUAUAGUCCUAGAAAUCGUGAGCACAAACGUUGCAACAACGUACAUAACAUGUCCAAAGAACAACCAAGUAUUAGGGAUCAAACUACCCUUUCUUGUCAUGAUAGUGAAGAACUUGAAACGUUAUUUCUCUUUCGAAAUAACUAUACUAGAUGACAAAAAUAUGAGAAGGCGUUUCAGGAUUUCUAAUUUUCAAUCAACAACAAAAAUUAAACCAUUCUGCACGAGUAUGCCUAUUGGAUUAGCAGGUGGUUGGAAUCAGAUACAAUUUAACCUCGCCGACUUUACAAGGAGGGCUUACGGAUCCCAAUUCAUAGAAACUCUACGAGUACAAGUACAUGCUAAUGCCAGAAUAAGACGUAUUUACUUUAGUGAAAAACUUUACACUGAAGAAGAGUUGCCACAAGAUUACAAACUCUAUUUGCCAUUAGAACGAAAACAGAAAAAAGGAAAAGUGAAAGAAAAGGCUAAAGAAGAGGAAGCGGCAGUAGUGAUAGCUCCUCCUCCGCCUGAGGGAGAUGUGCCACAAGCAGGAGAGCCAUUAGAAGCUAAGGUAUCGCAUAUAUCAAAGAAGAGCGAAGUCAUUGUGACUCCAUCGAGCACUGCACAACCAGAGAAAAUAGAAGAAGAACCUGCAGAAGCUGCGGAAGCUCCAGAGACGGAAGCUCCAGCAGAGGGGGAAGCAGCACCAGAAGGGGUGAAAUCAGCCGCAGAAGUAGCGCAACCAGAAGUAGGGGCUGAACCAGCGGCUGAAGAAGGUGCUGAGCCAGCAGCUGAGCCAGCAGGUGAGCCAGAAGGUGAGGCACCUCCUGAGGAAGCUCCUGAGGCAGCUGCUGAGCCUGCUGCUGAAGCUGUAGAAGAGGCUCCUCAAGAGGUAGCUGAAGAGCCCGCGGCUGAGGAGCCUGCGGAAGCUCCUGAAGCGGAAGCCCCAGAAGCAGACGCAGAAGUAGUAGAGGAAUAAAUGCGUUGUAAUUAGAUUUUUGAUUAGUUUACGCUAUUAUUAUUAUAUUUGGUUCUGAUUUAUUUGUAGACAUCGUUCGUGUUUUGGUUAUUGGUAAUGUUUACUUGUUUUGACUGAUAAUAAUGAAAUGUAGAUUAUAUGAGACAGGAGAUUAAAUGGUUGAUCUUUUAUAAUAA